GAUUAGGCAGUUCUACAUAUUGUUCAAACCAUAAGGUUCAUUUAUUAUAAAACAGAAAAUACUGGAAAUACUUCGGUCAGGCCGCAUCUGUGGAGAGAUAAACGGAUUUAACAUACCAGGUCGAGGUCUAGAAUUGUGCCCUUACAGUGUAAUUUACGAUUACAGGGCCUUUACAAUACUAAUGCCAGGCUCUGACUAAAUCACUACCUCUGGUUUUCAUAGAGUGCUUCAAAGUAGACGUAAGAGAGCUAGCAAAUACUGAAUGCAGCCGCUGAUUUCACGUUGCACUGUGUAUGAUAUCGGGAACACCAUCAUGAUUUUGUACUGUGAUGUACCAAGAUGGUGCCCAAGUUGUCCCACACAAGAGAAGAAACUAGACUGACUUUAGUUCUUAUUUUUUAAAAAUACACUAUUGGUGUUUGGUUUAUGUCUUAGAAAUUUUCUUUAAAAAUAACUGGGUAGAAGUAAAUGGGCAUAGCUGACUUUCUGUAAGCGGCCCUAGAUGAUUAAUACUGUGGCUACAAGAGCAGGUCAGAGACCAGGAAUUCUGAGAUGAAUAAUUCACCUCCUGACUCCCCAAGCUUUGUCCACCAUCUAAAAAGAACAAACAGGAGUGUGAUGGAAUACCCUCCACUUGUCUGAAUGGGUGUGACUCCAACAACACUCAAAGCUUGACACCAUCCAAGACAAAGCAGCCCGCUUGAUUGGUACACCAUCCACCAACUUACGUGUUCAGACCCUUCACCAUCAACACACAGUGACAGCAGUGUGUACCAUGUACACAAGAUGCACUGUAGCAACCCACAAAGGCUUCUUCAGCACAUUCCAAACUCAUGACCUUUACCACCUAGAAGAACAAGGGCAGCAGAUGCAUGGGAACAUCACCACCACCUGCAAGUUCCCUGCCAAGUCACAGAGCAUCCAGACUUGGAACAAUCGCUGUUCCUUCACUGUAGCUGGGUCAAAAUCCUGGAACUCCCUAACAGUAUUGUUGGUCUACUUACACCACAUGGAUUGUGGCGGUUCAAGAAGGCAGCUCACCACCACCUUCUCAAGGGCAAUUAGGGAUGGGCAAUAAAUGCUGGCCUAGCCAGUUACACCCAUAUCCUGUGGAAGAAUAAAAAAAGUUGUAAACAAAUGCUACCUGUGGGACUUGCAGUAUUGUGCUACAUUAAUGCAAGAUGGUCACAAAAGGGAGGCAUUAGUGCAUGGUGUACAGCUGUUUGUGAAUUGGCAGAAGGAAGUGGGAUUCUGAGGAGCCGUUAGCUGACACGCAGAACUGACAACAUUAGAUGAAUGUUGUAAUUCUCACUUGUGAUCAGUAAGAAUGAUACAGAUGAUGAUCCCAGUUAAAUAUAGAGAGAACUGCAUUUAAUAGUCAUACUAAUAUGCAUUUUAUACAUAUGACAAUGACUAUACUUCAAAAAGUACUGCAUUGGCUGUAAAGCGCUUGGAGAGAUCAGUGGUUGUGAAAGAUACAGUAUAAAGGCAAGACAUUUUUAAAGGCUAUAUUUUAAAGCAACAGAUGAUGUUGCCAUUUCCCCCUGUCAUCAGCUAAUGUCUCCAGGGUGCGGGAAUCAAUGUUUAGGGCCUUCAUGUCAUGCUUGAAAACAUCCUUGAAAUGGAGCUUUGGGUAUCCUAAUGGUGUCUGUCUCCAGCUAUCUCACCAAAUAUGAAAAUCCUGAGGUACACGACCGUCUUCCAUCUUUCACUUGCAUGAGCCAGCGAAGUCACUUCUGCUUGAUGAUGCCAAAAUACUGAGGAGACUUGCCUUUGAGAGGACUGCCACAUUUGUGAUUUUGUCCUUCCAUGAGAUGUACAGAAUACGCCGCUAACGGUGGAGAUGAAAAUUGUUGAGUUUCUUUCCUUGCUUGCUAGCUGCCAGUCGCUCAUGUUCACAGCGGUACAACAAGGCGCUGAGAACACAGCGCUCAUAAACCAGAAAGGACAUGCAUUCAUACAGCACAUCUCAGAACACCCCAAAGCACUUUACGACCAAAUCAUUAUUUUUGAAGUGUAGUUGAUUAUGCUGUAGGUGAUUGUGUCAGCCAGUUUGCAAACAACAAGAUCUUAAACAGCAAUGAAACAAAUAACCAGGUUCGAUGGAGUAGGUUAAAGAAUAGAUACUGGCGGUACAACACAACUCUUCACCUUCAAAUUGUACCAUGGGACCUUUAGUGUCCAUUGAAGAGGACAAACAGCUUUACUUGAAAGUCACUUCUGAAAGAUUACAUCACAAACAAUGCACCUGCAGUACUGCAGUGAAGUUUCAGCUUAGAAUGGGGGAAAUGAGGCUUGAAUCCAAAACCUGACUCAGAGAUGGGAGCGCUACCAAUUAGCCAGGACUGACUCGAGAAUGGCUGUCAGAAAUCCGUGGAUAUUUGAAUAUUUUUGCGGGAGAAAGUUCCAGAUUUCUACUUCACUUUGUGUGAAGAAGUGCUUCCUGACAUCAUGUCCAUGCAUUGUGCUGUGGCUGAUCAACUACAUCCUCAUAAUUACAGUACAUAAGCUAAACCCGGAGAGUAGUUGCCUUUACUUGAGUCUGGAAUGAUAAAUUCUCCUGUACACUUCAAAGUACUAACCUGAGCUCUUGCCCUGUAACUGAAGAAACAAAUUAAUUUUCACUGCAGAAUGAUUUCUCUACCUGAAAAUUUAUUUCAUGUGGCAGCUGUUUCGGAGUUGAGAGCGACUCCCGCUAGCAUGUCUGUCUCUGGAAUUAUCCAUGCUUCUCAAUGUUCCUUGGCCAAAGCACGGAGCAUUGUGUCCCUGUGCAGACAUCCACAUGUCCCGGUGUUGUUCUCGACUCGAUGGAAACACUCCGACACUCGGCGCUACAAGGCUGUGAUUUUUGACAUGGGUGGAGUUCUGAUUCCUGAUCCAGCCACAUUGGUUGCUGAAUGGGAACUGAAGAAUUGUCUUCAACCUGGAUGGAUCUGGAAAACCAUAUUAACAGGAGAGAACUGUAUUGCCUGGGAGCGCUGCAUGCUUGGAGAACUGACAUUUGAACAGUUUGUAGAAAAUCAGACCUCUGAUAUAAUCAAGCCCUGUUUACAAGCAAUAAGUCAUCUGAAUGAUCAGAUUCCUGCAACUAGAGAAGCAAUUCAGUGUAUCAGAGCGGAGGGACUGCAAACUGCUCUACUGACUAAUAACUUCUGGUUCAAAGACCAGAGUUUCUUGCCUGUGGAGAAAGUUGAUUUUGAUGUGAUCGUUGAGUCAUGCCGUGAAGGAAUUAGCAAGCCAAACCCUGGGAUUUACAAACUCUGUUUAGAACGCCUGAAGGUCAACCCUGAGGAAUCAAUUUUCCUUGAUGACUCUGGACAAAACCUAAAACCAGCAGCUCAUCUUGGGAUGCGCACUAUUAAGGUUGGAGACAUAGAUACAGCCAUUCAGGAGUUGGAAGCAAUGCUGGGGUUCCCAUUGCGUGGUUAUGUGCAUGAUACACAAGCUGUACGUAAGGACAUGGAGAUUCCUACAGAUCGUCUGAAGGAGUAUCUCCAGACCACUCUGGGGCUAAAUUUAACAGAGCCAUUGACUCUGCGGCAGUUUAUUCAUGGCCAGUCCAACCCUACAUACCAUGUCCAGAGUGGCGACCAACAGCUGGUCCUAAGAAAGAAACCGCCCGGAAAACUUCUGCAAUCAGCACACGCAGUGGAGAGAGAAUACAGGGUGAUGAAAGCUCUUUCAGCCAUGGGCCUUCCUGUUCCCAGGACACUUGCCAUCUGUGAGGACCCCAGUGUUCUUGGGACUUCCUUCUACCUGAUGGAAUACUGCCCAGGAAGGGUAUUUAAGGACCCAACGCUGCCAGGGUUAACUGCCAGCCAGCGGAAAGACAUUUACACUGCCAUGAACCACGUUCUCUGCCAGAUUCAUCAGGUUGACAUCCAUGCAGCUGGAUUAGAGGAUUAUGGAAAAUAUGGCAACUAUAUCAAGCGUCAGGUGUGCACAUGGACUAAGCAGUACCGAGCAAGUGAGACUCAUAACAUUCCAGCAAUGGAACAGCUCAUAAAAUGGCUUCCGAAUAACCUCCCAACACAUGAAAAAACCACACUUGUGCAUGGAGACUUUAGACUGGACAAUCUGGUUUUUCACGCUGACAAACCUGAGGUGCUGGCAGUUUUGGACUGGGAACUGUCCACUCUGGGCGAUCCCAUCUCUGACGUGGCAUGUAAUUGUUUGGCACACCAUCUCCCACCAGAUUUCCCCAUCUUAAAAGGGAUGAAUGAUCUUAAUUUGAUGGAGUUCGGAAUCCCAACUGAUUUGGAAUACCUUACCCUUUACUGUGACAACAUGGGGAUUAAUCCUGUUGAAAAUUGGAAUUUCUACAUGGCUUUCUCCUUUUUCCGAGUCACAGCCAUACUCCAGGGAAUCUAUAAGCGAUCACUUCAAGGCCAGGCAAGUUCAGCUAAAGCUGAAAUCGCUGGGAAACUUGCUGAGAAAAUAGCUGAGUUGGCCUGGAUGUUUGCUGUAAGGGAAGGAUUCCGAAAAUUCAAAUCAAUUCCUACUAGAAGUCCAAGCCCUCCAUUGAGAAAGUACUCCACGUGGAACAGACAGAGCUCAUCAGCAGCAACCUUUUUAUCUGCCUCUUCACUUGAUGACCUUUCCAGACAUAUGGUGUCAGUCCCUAAAGGACAUUUAAUUAUCUCACCUGAGGGGCUGCCUGCUCAGGUCCAAGAGUUGUACCACAAACUGACUGUGUUUAUGGAUAAAUAUAUCUAUCCCCAAGAGCAGGAACUUAUGGAUCACCAAAGGGCUGAAAAUCGAUGGAUUCCAAAUCCUAGAAUGGAAGAACUGAAGCGUGAAGCUAAAGCGAAUGGUCUCUGGAACCUGUUUUUACCAUUGAAAACUGAUCCUGAGGUUAAGUAUGGAGCCGGACUGACAAAUCUGGAGUUUGCUCACCUAUGUGAGGUUAUGGGGAGAUCUCUGCAUGCACCUGAGGCUUUCAACUGUUCUGCACCAGAUACAGGAAACAUGGAGAUCCUGGUGAAGUAUGGGACUGAAACACAGAAGGAGCAAUGGCUUCUGCCAUUAUUGGAUGGGAAAAUCAGGUCAUGUUUUGCCAUGACUGAGCCCCAGGUCGCAUCUUCAGAUGCCACAAAUAUUAAAGCCUCAAUUGUCGAAGAAGGAGACACCUAUAUCCUCAAUGGCCACAAAUGGUGGACAUCAGGUGCAAUGGAUCCUCGCUGCAAACUCUGCGUGUUUAUGGGAAAGACGGAUCCACAGGCUCAUCGUCACAGACAGCAGUCCAUGAUUCUGGUUUCUAUGGAUACACCAGGGAUUAAUGUUGUCCGACCUCUGUCUGUUUAUGGGAUGGAAGACCCUCCAGGAGGUCAUGGCGAACUUAUAUUCAAAAACGUUCGAGUGCCAAAAGAGAACAUCCUGUUAGGACCUGGCCGAGGGUUUGAAAUUGCCCAAGGUAGGCUGGGACCUGGAAGGAUGCACCACUGCAUGCGACUCAUUGGCUACGCAGAUCGAGCUUUGCAACUUAUGAAGGAGCGGGUAAAAACACGAGUGGCUUUUGGAAGACCAUUAGCUGAGCAGGGCACUAUCAUGGCAGACAUUGCUAACUCCCGGGUCGAAAUUGAACAGGCAAGGUUGCUAGUGCUGAAAGCUGCCCACCUCAUGGAUACAGUGAGCGACAAGGAAGCAGCCUCCGAGAUCUCGAUGAUUAAAUUAGUGGCACCAAACAUGGCGCUGCAUGUCAUUGAUCGUGCAAUCCAGGCAUUUGGAGCAGCCGGGCUUGGCAGUGACUAUCCAUUGGCUCAGUUUUUUGGCUGGGCACGUGCACUGCGGUUGGCCGAUGGUCCAGAUGAAGUUCACAGAGCUGUGGUUGCCAAGCUUGAAUUGAAACGCUGAGUCAACAGUGAGAUACUGAACAUUGGUGCUGCACAAGACAACCACUACGUUUUUUUAAAGAUUGAUUUGAUUUAUAUGCAUUGCAAUCAUGCCUGUGAAACAACACUAUUGUCUCAUUAUCUUUUUUGAGACAGCCUCACCAAUAACACAAAUUGCCCUAUUAUUUUUCCUCUUUUCACAACUCUCACCCCUUCCAAUUCCUCAACAUUUCAUUCUCUGAUCAAGAGUAGGUAUGAACUUCCUGCAAGCAAUUCAACUUGUACCAUUCUUUCAGCCAGUUGCUAGGAGGCUGUGUUGCACUGUGGGUUUGGCAUAGUUAGUAAGCCUGAUAGUAUAAUUUAUAACUUGCUUACUUAACCUGACGAGAUUCCUGAAACAUUAAGUGAAUAGACUCAAGACCUACUGAUAUUGGAUUUUCUGCAGUGUCCAUAGAAAAUUCUCCAAACAUCAGUGAAGAUAUUAGAAAUAUUAAAAUUUAAAUAUUGGAUUUUUUUUAAAUGUUAUUUUCACAUUUUGCUUCCCUCUUCUUGAAGGCAUUGACUCCUUGAUCUUCCAGGCGACCAGGAAUCCACUGUUAUUUCUAGUAAGCAGGAGAAAGAAAUAAAGAUUAUCCUGAUAGGCUGAAUUGAAGAGGAAUGAGAAGAAACUUUUGUAGAGCAUGAACAACAGCCAAAAAUAGACCUAUUGGGCAAAUGGAUUGUGUCUGUACUGUAGAGUUUAUGUAACUCAAUGUAAGCUUCCAAAUCUGGUCAUUCUUCAUGUGUGAGUGUAGACCAGCAGGCUCCUCAACACAGCUCAGGCUGAUCACAUUUUCAUUCAUGCAUUUUCCAACAAGGAACCCUGGCUGAAUUUUUCCCUCCGUAAUACAGAAAAUGCCAUAAUCAAAUGGUUCAGUUACUCAUUGAUUUAAUCGGCUGAACCAUUGAGGAAUAGCUGGGGUCUGGUUCUAACCCUGAUGUAGUUUUGGUAAUAUACAGAAAAAAGUUCUGAAGUAUUUUCAGAUGCUAAAGUUUUUAGAGCUUAUUGCACAUUUCUAUAUAUAAAGGGAAACAGGUUGUGGUCAUGUGGAAAAUAAAGGCAAUCAACUAA